ACUGCAUAGUAAGAAAGCAGAGAUUAACGAAUUGCCCAAAAGAUCCAACCUCUAAGUUUCUAAUUUAGUGCACUGCCUUUGGCUGAUAUUCUCCGACGAUUACGAAUUUACUUUGACAAGUGGCAUUGUUAAUUUUUCAUCAUCCGUAUGUUUUAUAAGGUCAUUGCGAAGUGAAAACGUCAUGUCAAUUCUAUUUUGCAUAAUAGACACAAUUUUCGGAUUAGCCAGAACCAUUUUCUUGCUUUCGUUCGUCACCGUACUAACGCUCUUAAUCACUGUUCCGAUCUGGACAAUAUACUGGAGGAACCUAUUCGCGAAGAAAAAACAGGCGAGCGCGAAAAAAAAUACGACAAUUGGAAUAUUCCACCCAUAUUGUAAUGCAGGAGGUGGAGGUGAAAGAGUACUCUGGAGUGCGAUUGAUGCCCUUCAAAAACAAUACUCUAAUGUUCAUAUUGCGGUUUAUACCGGGGAGCUCGAUACUGAUCCAGAGCAGAUGUUGAACAAAGUUCAGAGAACUUUUGAAAUUGAAUUACGACCGAUUGAAUUUAUUUACUUGUACAAGAGGAAAUGGGUUGAGAGUGAGAUUUAUCCGAGGUUCACCUUGUUGAUGCAGAGUCUGGGUUCGAUGUAUCUUGGAUUCGAGGCACUAAAAGCACUCCAGCCAGAUAUUUAUAUUGACACGAUGGGCUACGCUUUCACAUAUCCACUCUUCAAGUACCUCGGUGGUUGUCGAGUUGGCUCUUACACUCAUUACCCGACAGUCUCUACCGACAUGUUACGUCACAUCUACCGAAGAGUCGUUUCACACAAUAAUCAUCGCAUAAUUGCUCGCAAUCCUUUCCUGUCAGCCGCCAAGAUCGUGUAUUAUAAGUUCUUCGCUGCAAUUUAUGGGUGGAUGGGUAGAUGCGCGGACAUUGUGAUGGUCAACUCCUCGUGGACUGAGGAUCACAUAAACUCCAUUUGGAAUUGUCCGCUCAAAACCCACCGAGUUUAUCCACCUUGUGCCAUUGAACGUUUGGCUAAUUUAUCUCUUUUAUCAGAUGAGGAAAAGGGAAAUAUAACUAGGAUUGUAUCAGUGGCACAGUUCAGACCUGAAAAGAAUCAUCCACUGAUGCUGAGAAUUAUGUACGAGCUCAGAUCGAUCAUUAAAGAGGAAGACUGGAAUAAAGUACGUCUGGUUCUCAUAGGUUCAUGCAGAAACGAUGAUGACAGAAUCCGAGUGAAAGACAUGCAGGACUUAUCAAAACAUUUAGCAAUCGACGAAAAUGUUGAAUUCAAACUAAACAUUCCAUACAACGAAUUGGUGAGAGAAUUCCAGUUGGGAACGAUUGGCUUACACACUAUGUGGAACGAGCACUUUGGUAUAAGUGUCGUGGAGUGCAUGGCUGCCGGAUUGAUCACGAUAGCCAAUGAUUCUGGUGGGCCCCGGGCUGACAUCGUCGAGACACAGCGAGGAAGUCAGACUGGUUUCCUUGCAUUCGACGCAGAGGAAUAUGCUAGAAUUAUUGCAAUGAUAAUUCAUAUGAAUUCAGAAGAAAAGAACACGAUAAAAAAUGCUGCGAGAGCGUCAGUUAACAGAUUUUCCUCUGAGCAGUUUGAGAGAGAAUUCCUGCGAACGGUUGCUCCAUUAUUCCGACCAAAGUUAGAAUAGCCAACUAGUUUUCCAUUGUCCACCAUGUGACUGAUCACUUCCAACUUUUAAUUAUCCUGACCAAUGUAAAUAAAUUGAGUUAUGAGAAUGAAUGGAA